AUGAUUGUGCGGGAGAGCCCCAAGUCCAAAGGCAAGGACAGCCAGCCCAACUGGCCGCCACAGUCGUCCAUAGAGGCCCUGCUCAGCUCGCCGUCUGGACGCAGAAAAUACCAGCGCCGCCGCGAGCGCAAUUCGCCUUCGCCCUCGCCCAUGAAGCGCCGCCCCAUGUCGCAAGACACUGCCCAGCCCGAUAGCGACGGGGAAGACGAGGAGACGCUCCGCCUCCAACUGCAGGCCAUCGAGGCCAAAUUGAAACUCAAGGCCCUGCAGAAGAAGAGGAUCGACUCGGCAGAGGCCGACCGCAAUGGAGCAUCGUCCCGAACAAGCCUGGCGACGAGCAUGCGCAGGACCGACGCGACACGCCCGCAGUCCUCACAAGAGCCGGGUGUUGAGGUGCCACGCUCGCCGAUCCGCGCACGAAGAGCGGCAGAGGAACCAAAGAGUCCCGCACGAGUCAUGCUGGGCAUCGACAAAGGCCUGACGGCACGCGACAUUAGUCUCAAGCGCCCAUCGAGCGUCCUGGCCGGGCGGACAAGAGCGGGAUCCCUCAAAGGCAGCGAGGCACCCAAGAUCAAAUCCUUUAGCGAGCGCAUUGCCGAAAGCAGGGUCAGGGACAAGGACCGCGAAGAGAGGGAGGAAAAGGCGGAGCUGCGGAGAAGCCGGGGAUUCGGCUUGCAAAACAUUGAAGGUUUAAAGGAACGGCCCUCGCUAUCCAGGACAAGUUCUUCGCAAGAGUCGGACACGCGGAGCUCGCGCGAAAUGCCACCGCCCUCGGCGAGACAUCACCGCAGCAGACUGCAGAGCCGCUCCGUCGAUCUGAAGAUAACGCCCUCGCCACGACCCAGCUCGACUCUGUCUUUCCGCAACGACACUACACGCCCGGUCUCGUCGUCAUCCAAGACAUCGUCCAACGGUUUUGGCUCCACCUCUAUUGCUUCAAAGUAUGCCGAGAUUUCCUCGCGAGACGACAGCACCAACGCCCCCAGUUUUGAGCCCUUUUCUGGCCUGCAUCUCAAGUCACGAGAAAUGCAGCACAACGUCGUCACGCGCACGCUGGAAGGAAAAACCGUGCUGACCAUUCCACAAUUGCUCAAGACUGUCAAGGCGCCAGCGUACGACCCGCCGGAUUGGGAGAAUGAUUAUAUUGUGCUGGGCGUCAUAUGCUACAAGUCGACGCCGCAUAAUGCCAAGAAUCCGACUCGAGACCAGACCAAAGGCAGCAGUCAAGACAACGCGGCUGACCAAAGCGGCAAGUUUAUGGUGAUCAAACUGACUGACCUCAAGUGGGAGCUCGACUUGUUCCUGUUCGACACUGGCUUCUCGCAAUUCUGGAAACUGCCCCUCGGCACAGUGGUUGCAAUCCUGAACCCCGACAUCAUGCCGCCCCGGAAUCGCGACACGGGCAAGUUCUCCCUCAAGCUCACUAGCUCAGAUGACACGAUACUUGAACUUGGCACCGCACGAGACUUGGACUUUUGCAACGCAAAGAGGAAAGACGGAAAGGACUGCGGCCAGUGGAUUGAUGGUCGGAAAACAGAGUUUUGCGAGUUCCACAUCCAACUCCAGGUCGACAAGGCCAAGAAAGGCCGCAUGCAGGUCAACACCAUGACGGGCUUUGGUGGAGGCCCAAGUAGCAGCAAAUUUGGCAUGUUUGGUGGCCGCAGCGGCGCCAAAAGUGACGAGCUCAAACGAGAAGGAAAGUACCACGACCGCGAACUACACGAGACUAUCUACAUUGCCCCGUGCCCGGGAGGUGCAGCCAAGCUUAUUGAUCGCGAUCACCAAAACUGGGACGGCGGAGCCAACCGAGAAGACCGUUUUCGAAAACAGCUGGCCGAGCGAGAGAAGGAGAGGGAGCUUGCCAAGAAGCUCGGCUCCAUGGGCGAUGGCACAGGAGCUGACUACAUGAAGCUUAAAGGCGCUGGCACUCCGAGCUUACCCACCCGACCACAUCCGUCGUCUCAGAGCUCGGCGAGUUCGCGUUCAGAAAAGCCGGCUGAGACGGACUUUUCCAGUCUCCUCAACCGCACGUCCAAAGACGUCUCCUUGGCUCCUGUUAAGCGCAAGCGAGCAGCGUCGGGCAAAUCGGCUGCCUCGAGCGACCCGGUUGGCUGGGCAUUCAAGUACGGCCGCAUCCCGUCUCCCAAGAAAGUAGUCCCUUCUGCGUUUCGCGGCACACGCGAGGCGAGUCCUGCAAAGAAGAAGGCUCGUCUACUUUUGGAUGGAAAAGGCAUUCGUGAGCCUGGCCGAGAAAGCCUCGGCGGGCUUGACGCGGGGCUUAUUGCGGCUCUCGACGACGAUGACGAUCUUGAGAUUGUUUGAUUGAUUUUACGGUACUAAUGGCGUUGCAACAUUCACAAACCCCAAAUGUUUGGGAGGAACACGGCAUGGCGUUCAACUUGCAGCUCGCUGAUUGGCUAGAGCUAAGCGAGAAGCGGGCAUUCUGGAUACCUUUGGCUUAGCACAGCCUUGCAGUAACGAUUUUCCUUAGUGUACAAUAUUGAUU